AUGGAAUUCUUCCUCAAACGGGUACCUGCAUUCAGUCGAGCAUUAGGGGAUUUUGAUUCUGAUAAUGAUGAUGAUAAUGAUAAUAAUGACGACAUGCUUGAUGAAGAGUUGAACGCUAGUGAUGCUUCUUUAUUAUUGACAAAUGAACAAGAUGAAGAGCUGAGCGCUGAUCAAGUGUUUAGAAAUUAUUCAUCGACAUCACAUGUUAUCAUUACUAUUGGGCCGUUGAUGAGUGCCUUCAUAAUUCUUAGCUUAAAUUUAAUACAUAAAAGUUUAUUUGUCGUUAAAGCAUCCUAUAAGAAGACCUAUUUACUAUUCACAAGCUACCUUAUUCCAGAUUGUGAUACUUUGAUUAUAUGCAUCGAAUAUGAACCAAGAAACAUAUCUUUUGAACAAAAGCAUAUUUUUUGUCAAUAUUUGACCAAUACUUUCCACCAAAAUAAUUUGAAUGCGGAUAAUAAACAUCAUGUCAAAGAUAUCAACAUACUGUGUAGUCGUUCAGUGAAUCAUUUUCUUUCAAAAUCAAAAGUUUCUACACCAUUUAUACGAUGCAUAUCAACGUAUACAACUUUGAAAGAUUGUCAAUUCCCAAUAUUAGAGCAACCAAAUAUUCUAACAGGUUUACCAGCUGAAGCAUUGACUUGGUUUUAUUUCAAUUCAUUACCAGCUAAUUUAUAUACUGUAUUCUAUUUGCCACAUGUUGGUGUAUGUGAAUGGUCGGCAGUAAAAGAAAUAUUCAAUUUUUUAUUGUCAGUAAAUAUUGGAAUUAUACCUAAACGAUUGUCACAUAAGAAUGAAUGGGAUAAGAAUUUAUUGAAAGAGGAACUUGUCGAUAUAUGCAUUACUACAGUGUGCAAUAGUGAACGCGCAAAAACAGAUCAAAUGUAUACUUGA